GCAACACCGUCCGGCCACUAUCAACCAACCUGUUUUUAAACGACCUUCUUAACGUCAUUGCGCUGGAUCCAUCACAUAUCACUGUGUUUUCUUUUUAAUUCCAAGGAACAUGAAUGCGAUGUGUGCAGUCAUAAACUCAUCAGCCAAAGUUAGUCACUCCUCAUUCCGAGAGCCCAUUUUCCAGCUGAAACCCAGAGGGAUCAUCCUCCCUUGUACUCACUUUUAAGUUCUGGCCUAUCAAGGAACUGGCAGCGGCACGGCGACUCCGCCCCCCACACCCUUAAAUGAGGGACAAGGCCACUCAGACCCCUAGGGCCUGGGUAGAUGAACGGAGGAGAGGCUCUCAUAAGCGAUCAGCUUCUUGUGGUAGCACUGAUCAGCUGAAAGAGAUAGCAAAAUUGCGCCAGCAGCUCCAGCGCAGCAAACGCAGCAGCCGUCAUCGCCGGGAGAAAGAUCGCAAGUCACCCUUUAAUGGCAACCAUGCCAUCAUCCAAUCACAGUCUCAGAUGCCUAAAACCAUCCUGAUUCCCAUCCCCAUCUCCAAGUCCACACCCCCCCGUUUCCGGAACAGCAUAGAGGGCCUCAACCAGGAGAUUGAACGCAUCAUCAUACGGGACACUGUCGAACGAGAUGAGAUUAUAAUACCACAGGAUGUUCCUGAUGGACACCGUGCGCCCCCUCCCCUCCCCCAGCGCAGCAGCAGCACCCGCAACAUUGACACACAGACGCCCUCAAAUGGUGGGCUUGGCAGUAACCCUAGCAACAGCAGCAGCCGAGCUGACUCUGUCUCACCCUCGUACCUGAGCAUCCUUAACGACACGAUUGGAAACAGCCCGCUACCAAACGAUGGCACACUCAAUGAGAGCAAAGAAAGAGACCUGGGACCUUGGUCUCCUCUACCCAAAUAUGCUUCUUCUCCAAAGCCCAACAACAGCUAUAUGUUCAAACGUGAGCCUCCAGAGGGCUGUGAGAGAGUUAAAGUCUUUGAGGAAAACCAGCCUAGGCCUCUCCAAGAGAUUCCUCCAUAUCUAUGCCCAGACAGGAACAAGGUGAACUUCAUUCCCAAAAGUGGCUCAGCUUUCUGCCUGGUGAGCAUCUUAAAGCCCCUGCUGCCCACCCAGGAGCUGAACUUCCGUAGUGGGAUGGGAUACCGCAGCAUUUCCCCCUCCUUGGUGCCUCUGGGUGGGGUUGGGGUCAGAAGCCUGUCCCCCUCUAUGGGUCCCGUCCUCUCUCGUGGACGUCAGUCACCAUGUCUCCCACGACACCUUGAGGAGCCAGAGGGUUAGAGUGCCAAGUAUUAAAGCAAAUAUUUUAGUCUUAACCGCACAGGCGAACCUCAACUGUUGAACAGAGAUGGUAUAUUUCCCAUUCUCCUGUAUCAUUUGACAGAAAUUUAUCUGAAACUUAAACCUGAAAGGUUUUUUUGUAAUUAAAGGGUAAUGGCAUUACAUGUCUUCUUGCAUCAGAGGCAUUAAAAGGAGAUUUUCCACAAUGGUGUAUGUAUAUAGACAAAACAUUUUCAGCAUUGCACUGCUUUUUACUUUCUCAACAAUUUAUUGCAUUUUACCAUGAAGCCUUUUGGAUUUUCUUAUGUAUAGACGCAUCAUUUAACCUACCUAAAUGUGAGUGAUUUGAUUUACUGGCAGAAUGGAUAUGGAAGAUAAAGGUCACAUUUUUGCUUGCUUAUAGUUUACAUGCAGUUUGAAUAAAGCUGAAGGAGCACACAGAAAUGUUGUAGCAAAUUUGAGGACUAACUAAUGUGCCUGACUCCCACCACCUGUCUGCAUCCUAUUUGCUUACUGUCCUUUUUCUAUCAUAGUCUAUAUAUGUUUGUCUUUCUCCUUAAAUGUAUAGAGCCCUCCCCCAUAUACAUAAACUUGUAUGUGCUUAAUGUGACUUGCUGAUAAGAGUAAAUUUUGAUGGUACAUGAACAGACUGGUCAUGCAUUAGGAGAAAGAGGAGACAAUGAUCAGUAUGUCUUCAGUAUUGGUCUAGGAACUAAAUUGAACAGUUAUUAUGAUGUGAUAAUGAUAAAUAUUAGUUUUACUGAAAAGUCUUGAUACUCAAAAAGCAUGGCUUUAGCUAACAGUGAACAGACAAUGAACUGAUUUGAACUGUAGCAUCUUUAUACUGUGAAAUAUUCCAUUAAUCAUGCCGGAAGGCUUCCUUUCUUCCUUGAAAUAAAAGCGAUAGAGUUGAGACAAGGAAAACAGGCAAUCCUGGGACAAAUGUGUAAUUGCCUUAAUUCUAAAGAAAAAUAGAUGAGUGUGUAAAUUAGACAGCUGUUAUUGUCAGGGGAAAUGUAUUGAUUUUGUUUAAGCUGUUACCAGUUACAUUUUAGAAAGACUUUUUUUUUUUUUUUUUCCUGAGAAUAAAUUUUUAAUAUCAUUUAACUCUGGUUUCAUGAGUGUUAUAAUUCAGAUAUUUGACAUAUGAAAAUUUUAAUCCACUUAUUUAUAGAUUAUCAUAUAACAAUGCAAGAGUAACAAAUAAUGAAAGCACUAAAAAUGACAGAAUUUCACUCAAAUUUAUUUACUCUCAAAUGAAGUAUCAAAGCCUUGGUGAUGCACGCUCUCCUAUAUUCCAGUUUUUUUCAAUGAAAUUCUACAAGUACAUUGUUUAUGUAACUUAAAAGGCAAAUUUGCAUAAAAUAAAUGGAUGAAAGCAGCCAUGAAUGGUGCAGUGUACAUUCUUUUCUUAACAAGUUUAAAAAAGACAAAGAACAAAGUGUUACAAUAAUGCUGCAACAUAUAGCUCCACACACAUGAAAAAUAAUCUAGUACAGAAAGUGACACUUCAAAACAUUAAACUGCACAAAAAGAAAGAGAUGUGUGCUCCCUCAAAUAUAGAGUGAUAUCCCAUUUGAAAUGUUUCGAAAUGAUCCAUGGUUAUAUGCCUACACAAGCUAUUCAGAGUCGACAAAACAAAUUAUUAUACAGACAAGAUACAUUCUAGAACCAUCCGAGAUGGCGCUUGGAAGCAGUUUAUUGCAAGCAAUAAUUAAGAUUUUUUUGGUAACAC